AACGCGCUCCGGCGCAGAGCGCAGAGAGGAGGGACCCAUGCGCACUUUGUGGAUUUGAACCGACUCCUCUCGCCUCCCCGCUGUUUUCCUGCACCGGAGGCGGGCAAUUAGAGCAGUCUGCCGCCAAGAAAUGGGUCCGACGAAUUAGUUUGGGCGCUCGCUGCCUGCUAUGGAGGCUAAGCUGGGCGCGCAGAGGGCACAGAAAUGUUGGGGGUCUGUGGAGUCACGACGCACGACGCAAACGCAGCUCGUCAUGACCUGAAGUGAAUCACGAUGGGAUUUCUUUGGUGACGUGAAAUUUAGGUUGGAUGCAAUUAGGCAUGGCUUGGGUGCUGCAUAUUUACCAGCAGCUGUGAGCGCCGUAGCUGCUUUUUUAAAUACCACUUCCCAUCGCCUCGUCUUGUUUCUUUUUUUUUAAUUUCCUGUUUUUGAUUUAAUUAGAAAUGUAGCUUUCCGUUAAGGGCAGACAUUUCCCUGCAUCCUCAACUUGCUCCAGCUGAUUUUUUUUCUCCUCUCUCUUCUCGUGGCUCUGGUGGAGUCAAGUGUUUGCGGAUUUCUCUGCUCUCUUUUCCGUGCUUCGUGCACCUGUGGACGCCCGCACGACGCACAAGGAGGACGCUUCUUUUUGUAAUUCGUGUGCGCAUUUCUUCGUUCCCCGCCUCGCUCGCUUUAUUUUUUAGGGUGCUUCUUUCCUCCCUUGUGGCGUAAAGGCGGAUGCACGGCUGGAUUUGCAGCAGUCGGGUCACAUUCAGCACCACAUCACCUCGGAACAGCUCCCGGUCGUCGCGUGUGGAUGGGCUCUGCCGGUCUCCGUGUCUAACUACCGGCAACAAUGGCUUCACACGGUUUCUGGUCCCUCGGCGGAGAUAAUGCGGGGGCCAACACCGGCAAUCAGAGCCCCAGUACGCCCAGGGCUUGGUGCCAAGCGGCGGCCCAGAAAUUAUCCGGAGGAAUCGGAUCGAAAUUAUGUGCGCUGCUCAAUGUCGGGGAAGUGGAGAAACCCGCCGACCCGGACGCCAAGCAGCCGCAGCCGCAGACCGCUGCUGGAACCUGCGGCUGCAACAAAUCCUGCAACUGCACCAAAGCUCCUUUGGUCUUCUCCGACCUCUAUUCAACAGACCUGCUACCUGCCAUGGAUGGCGACACCAAAACCAUGACCUUCCUGCAAGAAGUUGUGGAUAUUUUACUGGCCUACAUAGUGGAGUCUUUCGACCGGGAAACGAAAGUGAUCGAUUUUCAUUAUCCAAACGAGCUGCUCCAGAUGAACAACUGGGAGCUGCAGGACGAACCGGCCAGUCUGGAUGAUAUCUUGAUCAGCUGCCGUGCAACGCUCAAAUACGCCAUCAAAACAGCCCACCCCAGGUACUUCAAUCAGCUCUCCACAGGAUUAGACAUGGUCGGGCUGGCAGCCGAUUGGCUAACAUCCACCGCCAACACCAACAUGUUCACCUAUGAGGUGGCUCCUGUCUUUGUGCUGCUGGAAUACGUCAGUCUGAAGAAGAUGAGGGAGAUCAUUGGCUGGCCGGACGGGCGAGGAGAUGGCAUUUUCUCUCCCGGUGGUGCUAUUUCUAAUAUGUAUGCCAUGCUGCUGGCCCGCUUCAAGAUGUUCCCUGAGGUGAAAGAAAAAGGGAUGUCGUCUGUCCCCAGACUGGUGGCCUUCACAUCCGAACAUAGCCAUUUUUCAAUCAAAAAAGGUGCAGCAGCUCUGGGCAUCGGGACUGAAAGUGUGAUCUGCAUCAAAGCAGAUGAAAGUGGGAAAAUGAUCCCGGCUGACCUUGAGAGGAGAAUACUGGAGGCCAAACAGAAGGGUUUCGUACCUUUCUUCGUGAGCGCGACCGCCGGGACGACAGUCUACGGAGCCUUCGACCCGCUCAUCGCCAUUUCUGACAUCUGCAAAAAGUACAACAUCUGGAUGCACGUGGACGGAGCCUGGGGAGGAAGUCUGCUGAUGUCCAGGAGACACAGGUGGAAGCUGGACGGCGUCGAGAGGGCCAAUUCUGUCACAUGGAACCCGCACAAAAUGAUGUCCGUCCCUCUGCAGUGUUCCGCCCUGCUGGUCAGAGAGGAGGGGCUGAUGCAGAACUGCAACCAGAUGCACGCCUGCUACCUGUUCCAGCAGGACAAACACUACGACCUCUCUUACGACACCGGAGACAAGGCGCUGCAGUGUGGACGCCACGUGGACAUCUUCAAGCUGUGGCUCAUGUGGAGAGCUAAGGGCACCAUUGGGUUCGAGGCUCAGAUUGACAAGUGUUUGGAGCUGUCGGAGUACCUCUACAACAAGAUCAAAGACAGAGAAGGAUACGAGAUGGUCUUUGAUGGAAAACCUCAACACACCAACGUCUGCUUCUGGUACCUCCCCCCUGGGAUCCGCUACAUGGAGGACAAAGAGGAGAAAAAGAAACACUUGCACAAGGUGGCCCCGGUGAUCAAGGCCAGGAUGAUGGAAUACGGGACCACCAUGGUCAGCUACCAGCCACAAGGGGACAAGGUCAACUUCUUCCGCAUGGUGAUCUCAAAUCCUGCUGCUACCUUCCAGGACAUCGACUUUCUUAUCGAGGAGAUUGAACGACUCGGUCAAGAUCUAUAAGACUCCUCGAACCGAACCCUCCUGUACUUUUCCCCCCCUUGACGGAUGAAUUGUUUGUCGUGAAUGUACUGGUAAACUUUUUUCUUUUCUCUCUCUUUCCUUCCAAAGUCACAUAUUUAAGAGUAUAUUUGAGAAAAAGAUCAACAGAUAUAUCCAUAUAUUAUGUAUUGUAGCUUUGCCGUGGACUGACUGGGUCCAAAGCUAUGUAAAAGUGCUUCUGUCUGCCUUUCCUAUAGUGUAGUAUAUCUCAGAGUAGUGUAAGUGAUGUAACUUUGUAUGUACUUUUUGUGAUAUGAAAUGCUUGUGCAAUAAGUCGGUGAGGAAGAGUUUAUUUUUGAAUCAUUUCUCAUUUGCCGAGUAUGUUGUUAAGUGCCAAAUGUGGUUGUGUUCUACUGUAACAUUUUAAACUUCUGGUUUGAAAACAAAAAUAGCACUUCACCUUACCUCAGCUUAAUCAACUGCCUUUACAUCUGCACAUAGUUCUUCAAAGCAGUGAUUUUGGACUAAAAUUCUCCUCACCGGUGCAGUACCAGCACAUGUUAAUGAACCAUCAUGGAUUUGGAAACACGAAAAGAAGGCGAGGGACAGAUUUCACCACCGCAAAGUCAAUUUUAAGCAUUUAAAGUCAUGCAAGUUCAUUGUGCAUCGCCUUGGCCUUUGAUGGUUUAAUCUGCAGCCUGUUUAUUAAGACUUUUUACUCUGUGUCCCUCUUCCUAGUGUAUUUAAGGUGACUGUAAUGGCUUGUUAAACCCAGUUUGUUUGAACUAGCUACAUAUCAAAAAUGGGAACCAUUUCUGUCCAGGCUGUAUAUUUAGCUGUGCUGAGUGUUACUCUUACAUGUUAGAAUGAUGACCAACAUUUCAGUUAUAAUCCCUAAGUUUUCUAACCCAGUUUAAUGGGCAACAUUUUUUUCUGCAGUGUUCAUGCAGUGGGGUUGUAUCCUGUAUUUGCUGCUUUGUGUAGCUGUGCUCAUUGUUACUGGUGGAGAAGUUCGAGCAGUUUACCAGCUGUGCAAAAGUCAAAAGCCCUGCAUGUGAACUUGUACUGGUAUCUGACAUUUUUCAGGGAGUUUGCGUUGCUAAAGAACAAUAUCAAUACAUUGUUGACUAACUUUGUGGGUAUGUCUUUUGAAGGAACUCCAUGUAAAUGUCAAAGUUUUUUUUAUUCUUUAUUUUACCAGGUAAGAUCAGUUGAGAACAAUUUCUCAUUUACAAUGAUGACCUGGCAAGAGGCCCCCAAAAGUGAGAAUCUUAAGAUUUGAAGCUGUAUAUAAAGCUGCAGGAGGCAGAAAUCUUUAAAUGACCAAAAAACACAGAAUUUGAAAAUACUGCCCAAUUCCUGCAGCUCUUCUCUGUCUAUCUGAAGCCCCUUCCACCAGAUGAACACGGGGGUAUGUAUGCGAUUCAAAGACCCAAAAAUAGUCCAAAAGUAACAUUCACUUGCAGCCUUUUUAUGGGAUGUCAACUCCACUUUUCUAAGUUGGAGGUCCGUGAUUAUCCCGUUGCACCGCCGCAUCUAAUCUCCACUAUGCUGCCUCACCUGAUCUGACUGAAAAUACCUAUGAUUGGCCUGAAAACAGAUCCAAAAAGAAAUGCAAUACUCUGGUUUCCUCUCUUACUAUUUGAAUUAAAAUAAGCUAAAAGGUAAUUAUGGAAUUUUUUCCAAAUGAUGCCAAAAAAAAACAAACAAACACUGCCUACCCUAGCUUUAAAUAAACUGCCACAGAGCCACAGUGGAUUGAAUACAUUACCCAGAGUGCAGUACGGGCCCAACACCAAAGUCUUGAGGCAGGAAAUGCUGGUAGAUUUAAUUAGCCAUGAUGUUAGACUGCUUUUUGGGGCAUUAUAUGACCUGCAAUACCGUCUGUGUCCACUCUUUCCCCUGCAUUACUCUUGGCCAUUUCAACUAGGACCUGCAUUAUUACAAUAACCACUUCAAUAUCCACUGAAAUCUUAAGGAUUAUAACUAUAAAUCUCAUCUUACAGAAAUUGUUUGACACUCAUGUUUUUUGGACGAGCACUUACUGAAAGAUCUUGAGAAGCUGGGAACGGGGCAAUAAAUGGUGUUUUUGUGUGAAUACGGGAACUUCGACAGACUUGCAGCUACUGUAUACCUGACAUCACUUGCACUAAAUCAUAGUGGGGAGGAGCAGCGUCCCUUAGCAUUGCAACUGAGAUUUCUUCUGUAUUCAUUCACGAGCAAUAUUUGAGUAUGGGUCCAAUCUAUAUAUAUAUAUGUCCUGCAAAAUAUCAAAAGAAUUUAAAAUGUACAAUAGUAAAAAGAUAAUCAACUUUCCAGACCAAAUGCACAGUAGUUAGCAAAGAAUAAAUUAAAAAAGAAAGAACUACAAACAUGCUUUCCGUAGGUGGGUUAGUUGUUGGAAUGUGAACCCUGGUUUAGCAAGCAGAGGUUUUGUAGCAUUUUCAUUAGAACAAGUUAGACAAGCACAAUUUGCUCAACAUGGUCGCUCAGUGUACAAUCACUUUUGAUCAUAGAUUGUAAAUAGUAUUUCAAGAUGUCCUAAGUACAUAUCUUUGUGUAUACAUACAUGUAUAUAAGACAUAUAACCAGAGACUAUUUGUGAGGUAAAGUUAUUCAUAUUUUCUCUAUCUCCAAUAUAGAUGACUUGUAUUUUCAUCCUGUUAGUCCAGAAGGCUUUUUUCCCUGUGUGUAUGUGUGUAUGUCAGAUACUUGACUUGGUUUGUGACUCUUCUAGCUAUUUCAAAGAAAACGAGUUUCAGGGACUGGCUUUACAGAAAUUGACAGAUUUCACCUUGAACUACUUACGAGUCUCCCUCAACGAUACAAGACUCUGGUGUUUGGACUUCUAAACGAAUAUGCAAAGCCAUUUUGACUCUGAAACGCCGUGUUUUUUGUGCACAAGUGAUACUUGACGGUAUGUGCCAACGUGUACCUUAGUGUGUUUGUAACUGUGUUGCCUUAGUAUCAAUUUUCCAGUAUUGUCUAGUUUUCCUCCAGAGGGGAGGUUGUGCACUUUAGAGUAUACACAUGACCUAAUAACGUGCAAUGUCCAAUGGUUGUCCAUGAGUUGAUGUUUUAAAAAAGAAAAAUUCUGCUCAAAAAAUGUAACUUAAGCUCUUCGGUCUGAAUGUGUCUUGAAUCAAGGGUCUGUUGGAAAUGAAAGCAUUUAAGUUCUUUUGCAGUUUGUAGAUAUUGUAAAGCUUCUUAACUGUCUCAACGCCUAACCUAAUUCCUGCUCAUAGCUCUCUUCAGUCCCCCAAAUACAAUUGGCGAACACACUAUGACACAGACAACAUCAGAUUUAUUACAACAACAAAGGGAUCUCACUGUGGUAGUCUUGGAAAGCCAGACACUUUGUUUCUCUUGCUGCUGCUGCUAGACUUGCUUCCUUUGCACGUGCAUGCGAUGCCUUGCUUAUCCAGCUUGUUUGAUAUACAGUCUCCUAUAUAUCUAUUUCUAUAUCUAUAAAUAUAUAUACAUAUAUACAGUACGUGUGGCUCCUGUAAUUAGCUUUAGUGUCCAAUGUAUAGCUUAGCCUGUAGAAUAGUGCACUGUCGCUCUAGCCUUUACAUGUGAUCUCUGUGUCUUGGGCUUCCUGUGAAGUUUCUUUGUGCCGCAAAGCAUGCUAACCUCGCCUAGCACUGUAAUCCUCUCCGCGCUUGAUCUGACUUUCUCUAUCCUCUGUCUUUCUGCUUGAAGACUGUCGCAGCUCUGAACGUAGCGUAUUAUAUCUAUAUGUGUAGUCCCUCAGCAUGUCUCUCUGAAAGCUCUUCUCUGCUCUGCACCUGUAUGACCUUUUCUCUCUUUCUCUUCUGCUUCGCCCUCUGGUAGCAGUGACAAUGUAACCUCGCGCUUUCCUGUAACGUUUUCUUGGCUACCCGCUGUCCUUCUGUUCGCGUGUCUGAGCCGGUAUGUUGACUCGUGUCAUGGUGCCACAGUGCCAACGAUUGUUGCUUUUACCGAGGCCCUUGACUUCUGUGGGAUGUGUGAGAAACAAAUGAUCGAGAUUUGACUGUCUGAAACUUGCCUCAGUGCAAGUGUUGUUAGAUUUAAACAAAGGAAUAAAGAAGAAGCAUACCCUAGUUUCCUGCUUACGAGAAAUAAUGUUUGUUUAUGAGAACAAUUUAAAACCCCCUAGUACUCAGACUGCAGUUAAUUUCACUGAAUAUGGUGCAAUUUUGAAUCAUAUAUUCUGCAAACUGCUGUGCUAGCUUCUCAAACAUUCAUUUGUCCUGAACUAUAUGUUACUCUUGGGAAAAUAGAAAUAAAUAUUGUCAAAACAAAAAUCA